AUGGUUAUGGCGGAAUGUUUAGAGGAGAACGAAGAAAUUGACUGUGACAAGAAGAUGGAUUCAUUGGGUUACUUUAGAGAACAGUUUGACAGAUUUAUUCAUGACUAUCGUGAAACGAAUGCAUCAAGUGUGAGUAAUGUAUGGGAAAGUCAAACUCAGCUGGAUGCUACGUUGAAACAAGAUUUUAUUAAUGUGGAAAGGAAAUUGAGGAAAACUUUUUGCACUGUGCAAAGGCUAUCCAGUUCAGAAGAAGUGGAGAGACUGAGUUUGAAGGUCAAAUCUGUGCUUGAGAUCUUCAAAACAAUUAAAAAAGUACAGAAUGAUAUAAGAGGAGAAUUCAGUAUUCAUAACGUACCUUUACCGUUAUACGAUUCUACGGAUAUUGAAUUAUUGCUCGGCAGUGAUUUAAUAUCUGUACACCAUGUGAAGGCGGUAGAAUUGUUAACGGUUAAGGGAGAGCAAAGGGAAGAAAUAGUCGAAAACAUUAAAAAUGCAAGACGUUUGUUGAUGGAAUGCGAGGGGUUUGUGCAGUUGUUCAAAAAAAAAGGUGAAUUCUACCGGCAGUUUUACCAAUUUGCGGUCAAUAAGACUAAUCUUUCUUUCAGUCUUUGGAAACAUGAGGCUCUAGAAGAAUAUCAUUGA